UAAAGGAAGUUGCUGGCCACACAGAGGUGGAGAUGGUCCUGUCAAACUCAGUCGUCCACUUGAGAAUGUCUGAGCAUGUGUUUUUAUUUACCCUGAUUCUCUCUGGACUGCUGAGUGCCCCAGUGUCCCUAGACAGGGCAACCUUGACUGCCUGAUGGCCCUGCUGGUCUCACUUCCUGGAAGGAAUCUGGCUAUGCCUCAACUCCUUAUUUUGCUGUCGGCAUCAUGUCUGCACACUGGGAACUCAGCAGGAUACACAAGAGUAAAUGACUUUGGUGUCAACCAACCAGCUGUCCUCUCUGGAGUCCAGGGCGGCUCCAUCGAGAUCCCCUUCUCCUUCUACUUCCCCUGGGAGUUGGCCAAGGAUCCUCAGAUGAGCAUAGCCUGGAGAUGGAAGGACUUCCAUGGGGAAUUCAUCUACAACUCCACCUUGGCUUUCCUUCAUGAACAUUUUAAGCGCCGGGUUAUUGUGAAUUGGACACAGGGUCAGACAUCUGGUGUCCUCAGAAUCCUGAACUUAAAGGAGAAUGACCAGGCCAGAUAUAUCAGCAGAGUUUCUCUGCAAACAACUGAAGGCAUGAAGUCGUGGCAGUCUGUAGCUGGAACCCAACUCAUCAUCAUUCAUGCUCUCAAUACUACCAUGGGGAGCCCCUCUAUCAUCCCCUCUGCAGUCCCCACAGCUGGCCUGGAGGACAAAAGGGACCAGAGGAAUCCUUCACUGCUGAACCUGGGAGCCAUGGUUGGGAUGGUCUUGGACAAAGUUGUGGUCAUCAUCCCCCUGUAUGGAUGGAUGAUCUUCCUGUGGUGGAAGCAAAGGCCAGCAGAGUAAAGCCUCAAGCCUAGUAAGGAAACCAUCCACAGUGAUCCAGAAGGAAUGAAACCAUGCUUCUUAUGACAGAAGAAUUUCACAGCCACGCUCUAAAGAGAUUUACCAACCAUAGUGAGCCAUAAAUGAAGUGGUAUGGAAAUAGCUCCAGUUCUCCAAUCACAAGCCUCCAAUGAAUAUCAUCCAUGGGCCGUUUCUUGGUCAUUUGGAAGCUGUUUGGUCAUGAUGAGGUCACCAAAACUCAUGUGGCCAAAGUGAAGUGUCCUGGAACAGCUGUGAGAUGUCUACUGUGGUUGUGACUGCAUCCUAGCCCCUGAGACUGAACUCUGCAACUCUAAGGGGCAUGGUGAUAUUGGGCAUUCCUGAAGGCUGCCAAGAUGCUGGUCUGUCCAGUCAUCUCAAGGAGUCUCAUGCACCUGUAAGAAAGGGCCCUAAUCCACUUGUUCAAAUGGUCAUGUGACGUCUCAGGUCCUUUUCUAUUGCAUAAGAGGGAAAAUCCAGAGAUAAGCCCAGAGCAAAGACUUACAGAGUCAACAUUCUCAUCUCUACAUAUGUGCUUAACUCAGGUUGUAUACAUUUAGGCAGACUGUGUCUCUGAUCUGCCAAAAGGGAACAUUAUGUUCCAACUAGAGAGUAGAUAUUGGCUUCUGCCCUGGUGAUGCGUAUUUGGAAUUUAUGUUCCCUAGACCAAACUGAUCAGUAAGAAAAAGGACUAAAAGAAAUUGGGGAUCAUACCAUUCCUGUCAUCCCAACAAUUGACAGGUAGUGAUGGGAAUAUUACCAAUUGUAACAUUGAUUCUCAACCUGUGUGUCACCACCGCUUUGAAGCUCGGAGAACAUUUUCACAGGAGUCACAUUUCAGAUAUCCUGAAUAUCAGAUGUUUAUAUUAUGAUCAUAACUGUAGCAAAAUUGCAGUUCUGAAAUACCAAUGAAACAAUUCUAUGAUUGGAGUCACCCCAACAUGAGGAAAUGUCAGAGCAUUAGGAAGCUUGUGAACUACAGAAUUAGAGGCUAUUCUUGGUACUUCUUGAGUUUAGGCUAGCCUGGGUUACAUGAGACGCUGUCUUUAAAUCAACAGCAAAGCUUAACAAAACUGAAACCAGUAAAGUGUGUCAUGAGAAAAGACCCUCACUUAGCUCCCUUUUCCCUGGAGAUGGAGAACUUGAAUAUGAUACUUAGCUUCUCUCCAGAUUUAUAUAAAAUAUAAUGUGACUAACAGUA